AGAGAGCUACUGCCACUGCCACUGCUUGUCGAAUUCUUUGAGUCUCUCAGCUCGCAAUGGAGCUCUGCGGCCCUCCUCGCUUUCUCCCGACCCUCCCCCGCUGCCGCGAUUUCGCUGCCAACCCUUCUCUUCCCCUCCCCCUCCCCCUCCUCCUCCCUCGCCCAUCCCCUGCUCUCUCUUCGAGGAGACCCCUCGCCUUCCGCUCGACGCGAGGAUGGAGGGCCACGGAUCCGGAGGAGACCUCGACGAGUGUUGUUUCGAAGGAGCUUGGGACGGAGUCGGAUGAGGAGGCGCCGAAGAAGGUAGAAGCGGAUUCCUUUCAAGUGGGUUCUACGGAGGAAGAAGCUCCUUCCUCUGGGGACGAGCAGAGCAAGGCCGCGGAAUUUUUGAGCAAGCUCAAUCUCAAGUUGGACUCUGAAGACACGUACACCAUCGUUAUUUAUGGAACUGGUGCUCUGGUUGCUCUUUGGAUAUCAUCUGCUGUUGUUUCUGCACUCGAUUCGCUUCCUGUUUUCCCAAAGGUGAUGGAAAUUGUUGGUCUUGCCUUCACAAUCUGGUUCAGCUCUCGAUAUUUGAUCUUUAAGGAGAACAGGGAUGAAUUUUUUGCGAAGAUUGAUGAUCUCAAGGAGCAGGUUUUAGGGCCUAGUGAUGAUUAAUACACUACAGGCUAAAAUAUGGACCAAAGAAUUUGCAUAUUUAUUUUUUGUUUCAUCCAAGAUAAACUUGGUGUACUCUGGUUUAGUCGAACAGAUUAAGUGAGAUGUCGAUAGUUAUUAUUUCUUUUCAACUCAGAUAGUGGAUUAUGCUUUUCAAACUACUGACCGUGCUUUUCUCAUGGCUGGCAUCACUUGAAGAAUAUUUUCGUCAAUUUU